GAGGGUGAAGGUCGAUGGAAGUGUAUCAAGAUUCUGGGUCCGAUGGACUUCGGGCUGACGGGGGUGAUGUGCAACUUCACGGCACCGCUGAAGGAGGCGAAAAUCCCAGUGUUCGUCAUUUCAACAUGGAAUACGGACUAUGUACUGAUACCUGCAGGGGAUGUAGACAAGGCUGUCGCAGUCCUGGCCCACGAUGGUUGGCAGUUUGUAUAG